CAUUCACCUACCUACUGAACUCAUUUACUCUACAAAUAAUAUCUAGAUGAUGCAGAAUAUCCAGCUUUGAACUCGGAAACACAUAUCCUAAAGUCUGCUCUACCUAACGGACUCUUCCAUCCGGCUUAUCAAUCAACUUCACCUCAGCUGCGCCGCCUCAAGUUCAACGCCGGUCCCGGACCUGGAACCUCGCUGCGAGGCAACUCAUAACUGCCAUUCCUUUCACUCUUCUGGGACCUUCAUACGCCUGGAGGGAACUUAUCUUCCAUCGACAUUCUUUUCACCUCUAGCACCCUUCUUAUUAGAUUUUUUCUUUCUUUUUUUUAGAAAAGAAAUCAAGGAAAGAAACCCCCCAAGAUGGCACCCUCUUUAGAAGAAGACCCGGACUCGGUUCAGGACGUCCUCGCCAAUCCGCUGAAACAGAAACCCUCCCUCGUCGCGCCAGAACCGGAACAUUGCCCCGGCCCGGAAUCCGCGGCGGCGGGCACGGCCGACUCUUGCGCCGGCUGCCCGAAUAAGGAGAUCUGCGCCGCGACGGCGACCAAGGGCCCGGAUCCGGACAUCCCCAUCAUCGCGUCGCGCCUCGCCUCCGUCGCGCACAAGAUCCUCGUGCUCUCGGGGAAGGGCGGCGUCGGCAAGUCGACCUUCACGACGCUCCUCGCGCACGCCUUCGCGACGAACCCGGACAGCACCGUCGGCGUCAUGGACACGGACAUCUGCGGGCCCUCGAUCCCCAAGAUGCUCGGCGUCGAGUCCGAGACGGUCCACGUCUCGGGCGCCGGCUGGUCCCCCGUCUGGGUCCUCGACAACCUCGGCGUCAUGUCGAUCCAGUUCAUGCUCCCCGACCGCGACGCUGCCGUCAUCUGGCGCGGCGCCAAGAAGAACGGCCUCAUCAAGCAGUUCCUCAAGGACGUCGAGUGGGGCCCCCUCGACUUCCUCCUCGUCGACACGCCCCCCGGUACCAGCGACGAGCACCUCAGCGUCAACACCUUCCUCCGAGACAGCGGCAUCGACGGCGCCGUCGUCGUCACAACACCUCAGGAGGUCUCGCUGCUCGACGUCCGCAAGGAGAUUGACUUUUGCCGCAAGGCCGGCAUCCGCGUGCUGGGGCUCGCCGAGAACAUGGCCGGCUUCGUGUGCCCCAAGUGCACGAACCAAAGCGAGAUCUUCCGGGCGACGACGGGCGGCGGCCGGGCGCUGGCCGAGGAGAUGGGGGUGCCGUUCCUGGGCAGCGUGCCGCUGGAUCCGCGCAUCGGCAUGGCGUGCGACUACGGCGAGAGCUUCUUCGACAGUUUCCCGGAUAGUCCCGCAUGUCUGGCGUUCAAGGAGGUUGUGAGGAACGUAAGCAAAGAGAUAGGGCUGAACGAGAAGGACGUGCUGCCCGAGUAGAU